UAGCAGUUCUAAAUGACUAAAUGUAAAUGUAAAUUAUGAUGUGUUAUUUGCUAAACAGCGUUCCCUUUGUUCUUCUGGUUGAAGAACAGCAGACUUCACUGUGUCCCUCCUUCCUUCAGGACAUUUAACCGUGGCUCUCUGACAAUACAUUCUGAAUUUGGCAACAAUAACAGCAUAUUUUUUUAAGGUUAAUCCACUUUAGUUCAUUAAUGUCACAGGAACAUGAUUUGUGGGUCACUAAAAUGCCAAUAAAUCCUCGUUUCUGUCCUUCCAGGCCUCCGUAAAGUGAUGGUCCGGGCCCACCGGCAGGCGUGGUGCUGGCAGGACGAGUGGUACGGCCUGACCAUCGAGGACAUCCGGCAGCUGGAGCUGGAGACGCAGCUGGCGUUAGCCAAGAAGAUGGCCCAGUUCAGCCUGAGCGAGGAGGGGGGCGCCGAGGCCAACGGCUCCUCGGUGAGCCAGGAGCAGGAGCAGGGAGCGGAGGAGGUGGGGGGGUCGGCCGCGGAGGCAGAAGGAGGAGCAGGGAAGCUGGGAGACUCUCUGGAGAGCCGAGGGGAGCUCACCAAGCAGUGGUCAACGUCCUCCAGGUCCUCCAACAGGUCCUCCAAGAGGGGCGGGAGUCCUUCUCAUCAGAGCAUCUCAGAGUGGAGGAUGCAGAGCAUCGCUAGAGACUCAGAGGACAGCACAGACGAUGAGUUCUUUGAUGCUCACGAGGACUUCUCUGACAACGAGGAGAUGUUUGCUAAGGAGAUCACCAAGUGGAGCUCCAACGACCUGAUGGAUAAGAUAGAAACAAUAGAGGUGGAUGAAGCACAAGAAACGUUGUAUCAGGAGUCGGGUGGAGACUACACCACGAUGAGUAAUGAGGAGAGGCAGAUGGAGGACUGUUCGUCUCAGCAGUGUCUCCAGCCAGCCAAAACUCACGUCCUGGUUCUGGUCCUGCACGGAGGAAACAUCCUGGACACUGGCUCUGGUGAACAGAACAGCAAGCAGGGAGAUGUAAACACUCUGAGUGGAGCCUUUGAGACGGUGAUGAGGGUCCAUUACCCCGCCGUGCUGGGCCGCAUCGCCAUCCGGAUGGUCCCGUGUCCCGCCGUGUGUGUCGACGCCUUCUCGCUCGUCUCCAACCUCAGCCCCUACAGCUACGACGAGAGCUGCCUGUCCAGCAGUCAGGACCACAUCCCCCUGGCGGCGCUGCCCCUCCUCGCCACGUCUGCGCCGCAGUACCAGGACGCCGUGGCCACCGUCAUCCUACGAGCCAAUCAGGUGUACGCCGACUUCAUCAGGUCUUUAGAAGGAGCGUCUUUCAGCGGACAGGUGUGUGUGAUCGGAGACUGUGUCGGAGGAAUCCUGGGGUUUGAUGCUCUGUGCAGCAGCUCGGUGACGGUGUCAGAGAGUCAGAACAGCAGCAGGCGAGGCAGCGCCAUCAGCGUCCAGGACACGGAUCUUCUCUCUCCAGGAAUCGUCAUCAACAGCGUCUCUCCGUCCUCGCCGUCCCUGGAAGGAAGCCGCCACCUCAGCCGCAGCAACAUCGACAUCCCCCGCAGCUCGGGGCCCGACGACCCCAAGAGACAACUUCCACGCAAGCGCAGCGACUCGUCCACGUACGAGCUGGACACCAUCAAACACCACCAGGCCUUCCUGUCCAGUCUCCACUCCAGCGUGCUGCACGGCGAGCCGGGCUCGCGGCGCUCCAGCAGCAGCACCAUGCUGGAAGGAGGAACGCUGGGAAAGUUUGACUUCGAGGUGACGGACUUCUUCAUGUUCGGCUCUCCUCUGGGGCUCGUGCUCGCUCUGAGGAAGACUGUGGUGCCCUCGUUAGAUGUGUCUGCUCUGCGUCCAGCCUGUCAGCAGGUUUAUAACCUGUUCCAUCCAGCCGACCCGUCGGCCUCGCGCCUCGAGCCGCUCCUGGACAAACGCUUCCACCUGCUGCCGCCGCUCAGCGUCUCUCGCUACCAGCGAUUCCCCCUGGGGGACGGACACUCGGCGCUGCUGGUGGACACGGUGCAGAGUAACCCUCAGCUGCUGAUGGAGUCUGCUGGAGCCGUGUCUCACCGCUGCCUGGACGGCUCCGUCAACGAGACGUCCAUCCCCGUCCCCGUCCUCAACUGGCAGCUCCACACAGAGACGGAUUCUCUCCACUCUCACAUGUUUGUGGACGGCCAGGCGUCCACGUCCCCGGGAGUCCCUCACCUCCGCUGCAACCGCCGGGCGAGCGAGGCCAGCAUCGCCAGCCAGGUGUCGGGCAUCGCCGACUCCUACACCGCCUCCAACAUCGCCACCAUUGCCUCCCGGUGGUGGGGCUGUAAGAGGAUGGACUACGCUCUGUACUGCCCUGAUGCCCUCACAGCGUUCCCCACCGUGGCGCUGCCUCAUCUCUUCCACGCCUCCUACUGGGAGUCCACCGACGUCGUCUCUUUCCUGCUCAGACAGGUGAUGAGACAUGAGAACUCCAGUAUUUUGGAGCUGGACGGUAAAGAAGUGUCUGAAUUCACUCCGUCCAAACCGCGAGAGAAGUGGCUUCGCAAGAGGACGCACGUUAAGAUCAGGAACGUGACCGCUAACCACCGAGUGAACGACGCCGUGUUCACGGAGGACGGAGCCCAGAUGGUGAUGGGUCGCUUCAUGUACGGCCCUCUGGACAUGGUCACCCUCACUGGAGAGAAGAUUGACAUCCACAUCAUGACCCAGCCUCCCUCUGGAGAGUGGGUCCACUUCAACACGGAGCUCACCAACAGCAGCGGGCGCGUCUCUUACGUGCUCCCUGACAACAAGAAGCUGGGGAUCGGCGUCUAUCCUGUCAAAAUGGUGGUCAGGGGCGACCACACCUUUGCAGACAGUUAUCUCUCUAUUGUUCCUCGAGGAACGGAGUUUGUUGUGUUCAGUAUUGACGGGUCGUUUGCUGCCAGCGUGUCUAUAAUGGGCAGCGAUCCCAAGGUCCGAGCUGGAGCUGUGGACGUGGUGAGGUACUGGCAGGACCUGGGCUACCUUAUCGUCUACGUGACGGGUCGUCCUGACAUGCAGAAGCAGCGUGUGGUGGCCUGGCUCUCUCAGCAUAACUUCCCUCACGGCAUCGUUUCCUUCUGCGACGGGCUGGUUCACGACCCGCUCCGGCACAAGGCCAACUUCCUCAAAUGCCUCAUCAACGAGGCCCACAUGAGGAUCUUUGCAGCCUACGGAUCCACCAAGGACAUAUCUGUGUACUCGUCUAUCGGCCUGCCUCCGUCUCAUAUCUACAUCGUGGGACGGCCCACCAAGAAGAUGCAGCACCAGUGUCAGGUACGGAAUAAAUCCGGAGAGGAAAGGCAGAAAUCCUAAAGCAUUUUAGUUUUGUUUUGUUCAGUCUGUUAGUUAAUCAUACUCAACAUUUUGACCAUCUGCUUUGAUGCAGAGACAAACUUUUAAAUAAGUCAUAAUAAAAGCAGCUUAUAAAAAAAAUAAAAGCUUAAAAUGUUUAUGAGAAACUAUUUUUCAAGUUCAUCAUAACUUUUCCAUGAUCUUGAGAAAAC